CGAGCUGCUGUCCUAUGUCGAGGGCCUGGUAGCCACUCAGUUGAACACGCUUAAGACUAACCCCCAGCUAUGCCAGCUGCUCGCUGACGACUUUCGAGGGCUUCUUAUGCGGUUUCCGUAUCUGACAGAGUUUUGGAAACGUUUUGUUGCCAUUGAAUACUCGAUCGAGGGCCUUGGCGGAUCGGUGGCCAUUCUGGAAGAAGCAGUCGCCAACUUCCCCAGUUCCUGCGAGCUGUGGGUCGACUAUCUCAAUGUUGUGAUAUCAAACAACCUUAAAGAUGAACCACAGGUGCGCAGCCUGUUUAAGCGGGCUGUUGCGCACGUAGGACGACAGUUUUUGUCCCAUCCUAUCUGGGAUCUGUAUCUCGACUGGGAGUCCAAACAUGCAGGAGUCACGGCUCUGGAAUACGUUCAGAUCCUCCUAGAGGUGGUGCAGUAUCCACUGCAUCAGUACGCGCGCUACUUUGAGUCUCUGUAUGAGAUUACGUCUAAUUUCACAAUCGAGGACUUGAUACCAGUUGAAAAAUUGCACUCUCUCAUAGAAGCGUCUUUUCCGAGCAAAAUGCUAGAAGAUCUUGAUGCGGAUCAAGUGAAGGAAAUCAGCGACGCCUAUUUCAACAAGAUAUUCACCUCUUGUUACGAACGCGUCACAGAAAGAUGGGAAUUCGAAAGCCAGCUCACUAAACAGAACUUCGACCUGCUGCUUGUUUCUGACGAGGACAUGGCACGCUGGAUCAAGUAUCUGGAUUUUGAGGAGUCCAAGGGCGAUAUUGAGCAGACCAAAAGCCUCUACGAGCGGGCACUGGUGCCCACUUGCUCGUACGAAACCAUCUGGCUGAAGUAUAUGCGCUAUCUAAUUCGCAAUGACCAGGACACCGAGUACAUUGUGUCUCUGUUCAACAAAGCCUGUGACAUCUUUGUCAGCGCCGACCAGCCCGCCAUAAGGUACAUGUAUGCCAAGUUCUACGAACAGAAGCUAGAAGACUACGAAAAGACCCGUCAGAUAUACAUCAGCAUGAUUGCUGCGCAUCCUACUGAGACUUAUCCUAUUGCACGCUAUGUUCAGUACCUGUGUGGGAGACUGGGUGAUGAAUACACUUUCCGACACCUGCUGAGGCUGUUGGAUGUGUACACGCAGAAGACGACGGACGAGCUGGACGCAGACUUUGGCGAGCUGCGGUCGGUAUUGAACAUGUGGAACGCUGCUAAUUUGGUGGUGGAGGCGGCACGAAUACAAUGGCUGCGACGCAAGAACGUCAAGGCUGCGCGCGAGGUGCUAUUUGCACAUUUUAAAACAGAGCUUGUUCGGUGCUCUGUUGCGUUCUGGACGUUUUUCUUCAAGUUUGAGCUUGUCCAGAAAAACACCAGAAACCUCGCCAACAUCGUCAAUCAUGUCAAAUACUAUGGUCAGCUGCCCACGACGUGCAUCAACCUGCUGCUGGACGAGUUCCGCGAGCAUCUCUUCAGAACAGGCAGUCUGGACCAGCUGCAACCGAACCGCGAGCUCGUCCGACUCAUUCUGGAGACCGACAUCGAGUCCUCGACCCACAUGAAACAUUUUCUAAAGGCAAGGCUGAGCGCGAACCGCGACGAGGACCCGGUCAACAAGCGGCUGAUCAAGGAAAACGGCCACCCGGGUGUCGUUUCAGAGUACCGUCCGCGCCUGGUCAACCCUAUCGAUUUCGACGCGUCGAUUUUGACGCAGCGCGACGCUGCACAGAUGCCUCGGUUCACCAACGUCGAGCGUGCUGCCAUGCCGGUCAAGUAUCUACAGAUGGAUGAACAGAACUAACUGUGUACUAUAGACAAGUUUAUAUACUGUCGCUCUGGCGGCCGAUAAUUUUGAGGUUGUCUCUGACGAUGGCCGCAGGCGUGCAUCUAUU